CGGAGCGGAGAGCACUGGAGGCCAUGGCCGCCGCCGGCUGCUGACGGGCUCUGCCCGCGAGCGCACGCUGCCGCGGACGAUGGUGACCGUACGCGUCGGGCCGUUGCCGCCGCCGCUGCCGCCGCCUCCCGAGACACAGCAACCAAGGCCCGGCGCGGAGGAGCCGCCGCUGUGAGCCCUGCUGUCCCGGCCCCCGUCGCCGCCGCUCUAGGAGAACGGGAGGGCGGGUCUGCUCCAAGAAAAAACAUGGCUGCAAAGGAGAAAAUGGAGGCAGUGUUAAAUGUGGCCCUGAGGGUGCCAAGCAUCAUGCUGUUGGAUGUCCUGUACAGAUGGGAUGUCAGCUCCUUCUUCCAGCAGAUCCAAAGAAGUAGCCUCAAUCACAACCCUCUUUUCCAAUAUAAGUAUUUGGCUCUUAAUAUGCAUUAUGUAGGUUAUAUCUUAAGUGUUGUGCUACUAACCUUGCCCAGGCAAUACCUGGUUCAGCUUUACCUAUAUUUUUUGACUGCCCUUCUCCUCUAUGCUGGACAUCAAAUCUCCAGGGACUAUGUUCGAAGUGAAUUGGAGUCUGCCUAUGAAGGACCGAUGUAUUUAGAACCUCUCUCCAUGAAUCGAUUUACCACAGCCUUAAUAGGUCAGUUGGUGGUGUGUACUUUAUGCUCCUGUGUCAUGAAAACGAAGCAGAUUUGGCUCUUUUCCGCCCACAUGCUUCCUCUGCUAGCACGACUCUGCCUGGUUCCUCUGGAGACCAUUGUUAUCAUCAACAAAUUCGCUAUGAUUUUUACUGGAUUGGAAGUUCUUUAUUUUCUUGGGUCUAAUCUUUUGGUACCUUAUAACCUUGCUAAGUCUGCAUACAGAGAAUUGGUUCAGGUUGUGGAGGUAUAUGGCCUUCUAGCCUUGGGAAUGUCCCUGUGGAAUCAACUGGUGGUCCCUGUACUUUUCAUGGUUUUCUGGCUCCUCUUGUUUGCUCUUCAGAUUUACUCCUACUUCAGCACUCGAGAUCAGCCUGCGUCGCGGGAGAGGCUUCUUUUCCUUUUCUUGACAAGUAUUGCUGAAUGCUGCAGCACUCCUUAUUCUCUUUUGGGUUUGGUCUUCACGGUUUCUUUUGUUGCCUUGGGUGUUCUGACACUCUGCAAGUUUUACUUGCAGGGCUAUCGAGCUUUCAUGAAUGAUCCUGCCAUGAACCGGGGCAUGACAGAAGGAGUUACGCUGUUAAUCCUGGCGGUGCAGACGGGUCUCAUCGAGCUGCAGGUGGUUCACCGGGCAUUCCUGCUCAGUAUUAUCCUUUUCAUUGUUGUAGCUUCUAUCCUACAGUCUAUGCUGGAGAUUGCAGAUCCUAUUGUUUUGGCGCUGGGAGCAUCUAGAGACAAGAGUUUAUGGAAACACUUCCGUGCUGUGAGCCUUUGUUUAUUUUUACUGAUAUUCCCUGCUUACAUGGCUUACAUGAUUUGCCAGUUUUUCCACAUGGAUUUUUGGCUUCUUAUCAUUAUUUCUAGCAGCAUUCUUACCUCUCUUCAGGUUCUGGGAACACUUUUUAUUUAUGUCUUAUUUAUGGUUGAGGAAUUCAGAAAAGAGCCAGUAGAAAAUAUGGAUGAUGUUAUCUACUAUGUGAAUGGCACUUACCGCCUGCUGGAGUUUCUUGUGGCGCUUUGUGUGGUGGCCUAUGGCGUCUCGGAGACCAUCUUUGGAGAGUGGACAGUAAUGGGCUCAAUGAUCAUCUUCAUCCAUUCCUACUACAAUGUGUGGCUUCGGGCCCAGCUGGGCUGGAAGAGCUUUCUUCUCCGCAGGGAUGCUGUGAAUAAGAUUAAAUCAUUACCUCUGGCAACGAAAGAGCAGCUUGAGAAACACAAUGAUAUUUGUGCCAUCUGUUAUCAGGACAUGAAGUCCGCUGUGAUCACGCCUUGCAGUCAUUUCUUCCACGCAGGCUGUCUGAAGAAGUGGCUGUAUGUCCAGGAGACCUGCCCCCUGUGCCACUGCCACCUCAAAAACUCUUCCCAGUUCCCAGGGUCAGGGACCGAGCCGGCUCCACAACCGCGUGCUGGAGCUGAGCAAAACGCUGUGCGUCAGGAAGGUGCCCAGCCGGCUUCACAACCGCGUGCUGGAGCUGAGCAAAACGCUGUGCGUCAGGAAGGUGCCCAGCCGGCUCCACAACCGGCUCCACAACCGCAUGCUGGAGCCGAGGAAAACGCUGAGCGUCAGGAAGGUGCCCAGCCGGCUCCACAACCGCGUGCUGGAGCCGAGCAAAACGCUGAGCGUCAGGAAGGGACUGCACCCCCAGACCAAGAGCAUCCUCGAGGGACUGGAAUGGAAAGUUCCAGAGACAAUAAUGAGUGCAUUGCCAGCAGAUCAGCCAUGUUUCCAACUCCUUGCCAGACUUUGGACCUGAGAAGACAAACUUUAAUCACCUAGUUUGUACCACGGAAGAGAAAACAAGAAAAUCAGAUCAGAUUUCCCUUAUACUUGAUCAAAUGAAGUGAGAAAAUAGCACAUUCCUGAUGGGUUCUUUUUAGGCCACUUUUCCUAUCCACUUAAUUUCUCAGACGGUGUGUAUAUACUUUUUACCCAUGAUCACUUUUUUUUUUUUAGAAAUUUUAUUCCCUUAUGAACUUUGACAUCAAAGUCAGUACUAAACAAUCUCAAUUCUCAUACUAGUUAUCAGUGAAUAUUUCUAGUUUGUGUUGUUUCUCAUUUUACAAAGCUGUUCUAGAGGUCUAAAUCAUGCUGUUUGCACAGCAUGUCUUCAUAGAGGUCUGGUUUUCUUUUUUUGUUAAUCCUCACCCAAAGAUGUUUUUUUCCAUUGAUUUUUAGAGAGAGUGGAAGGAAGGAAAGGAGGGGGGAAGAGAGAGAGAAAAAAAAAUAACAAUGUAAGAGAUACACACUGAUUGGUUGCCUCUCAUUUGAAUUCCCUAGUAGUCCAGUGGUCAGGGACUCCUUAGCCCAGAGGCUGGGUCUGCCUUGAGUCUCACGCCUUGAUUGUCCCUGUUCUGAGGUGUACUCCAUUUCCUCACGGAGCUGGUCCCACAGGUGUCCAAUGGUUGGGGAGACUCCUUAACCCAGAGGCUGGGUCUGCCUUGAGUCUCACGCCUUGAUUGUCCCUGUUCUGACCUGUACUUCAUUCCCCAUGGAGCUGGUCCCACAGGUGUAAGCUGGAGGUGCUUGGGGUCCUUGCUUUUGCCUUGUUGCACUGUCUGAUGCAGUGUCUAUGGCUGGGACCCAAACACUGUUUCUGACUAAUUAGAUCAGUCAAAGACUCAAAGUCUCCAGAGACCUGCCUCUGCCUGCAGACUGAUUGGAUUCAGCCUUGAGUAACCUUGCACUUGUCCACAGGUGGGGUGAGAGGUUUCCCAACUGGGUGGGGUGAUUGCUUUUGCCUGGAGGCUGAUUGUUAUUCUCAGUUUCUUAAUGGGCCUGGGAAAUUCUGUAUAGUACCUUUGGGCAAGGUGUUUUCCAUUAGGGUGGGUCAACCGUCUUCCCCCCAGGCAAAAACCACCUGGAUAGCAAAUGUCAGCCUGAGAAAAAUGACCUCUGCAGCAUGAGGAAAUGACUCAGGAAACUGGGGUGUCUGCCUUCCAAGUGCUAACCCCAGAGCCCCCAACCCUGGCUUCUGCUCACCCAGCUCCAGUCAUUCUGCACUCCCUUUGCUGGAGCCCAAGGUGAGUGGCUGUACACAAAAUUUUGUGCAUUUGCCCUUUAAGAGGGUGCCUGCAUUUCCAGCAGUCUCUCCCUGGCAGACAGCAAGCUGCUGCUUUUCAUAGCCAGAUAUUGUGUGGGUACCCUUCUCAGUUCUGGUGCUCUCUGCUGGGAGGUCCAUCUUGGGGAUUAGACCCCAGAGUUCUCAGUGGCAAUCCCCUACAGCUGAGCUAUCCCUCUGGAACUUCAGCUGCAGUCUGUAGGGCCUCAGCCAGCCCUUCAUGCCUCUCCUACCAGUCUCUAUGUGUCUCCACUUUCUGUCCUUGAUUAUCAGGGUUCUCUCCAGUUAGACUUCAGUUGAUUAUUCAGGAUGGUUUUGUUGUUGUUGUUGUUUGUUUGUUUCUUUUUUGUAUUUUAGUUGUAAAUGUAAUUCCAGUUUGGUCCUAUAGUGUGUCUGUGUAGCAUCCACUUAACUCCACUGCCAUUUUUAAUCUGGAAAAGUAUUUUAAAAGAAUAAAAAUCCCACCUAAUCUCACUUUUGGAAUUAGUCUUUUCAAGUUAUUUUUAUAUC